AUGUAAGAAUCUUAUCUACAAUAAUAAUUGAGACUGAAUCAAGGAGACCGUCAAAAAUAGAUUUAUAGGAAGCCAUGUAAAUAAUUGUAAUUUAAUUAAAUUAUUACGCGCCUUAUGCAAAAAAACAUUGCCUCAUACUUCAAAUCAAGCAAGAAAGGAGAAGAUUAGAAUGAUUAGGUUAAGGAAUAACAAUUUAUAGAGGAAAACCUCAAGAAGGAGAAACUAAUAGCUGAAUUAAAAGUGCCUUCUACAAAAUCGAAACAACUCAAUCCAGAGGUGAAAGGUGCAGUUCUAUUCAUGGAUAUGGCAGAAUUAUAUGAACAAGUUGGAGAAAUAAAAGGGUAGAAUUCUAAGGAUGCUAUAAAAGAAUUAGUGGCCAAAUUGUUUAUUAGAAUCAUGAAGGAAAAUAGAGAGGAAUUUCAUUUUGAAAUUGGGACCUGA